AUGUUAAAUCAUUUUACCUUCCUUUCAAAUGACAAGUUCCUGCAGUAUUCUGUACUGUUUGCAUUUUAUACCUUGAAGAAUGAACAGAGUAAGGCAUCACUAGAUGCUUGGGUGAAGAAAACGGGAGUCAAACUCGUGCAGGUCAACGGGCAGAGAAAAUAUGGCGGUCCUCCCACAGGUUGGAUUGGACAUCCACCUCCUUGCGGCUCCGAAGUUUUCAUAGGGAAGAUUCCGCAGGAUAUGUAUGAGGACAAGCUUAUUCCUCUCUUUCAGAGUGUAGGGCAACUCUAUGAAUUCCGCCUGAUGAUGACAUUCAGUGGUGGAAACCGUGGCUUUGCAUAUGCAAAAUAUAUGAGCCGGCGCAUUGCAAAGGCUGCAAUUACUGCCCUGAACAAUUAUGAGGUAGAGAAGGACUGCUUCAUUGUGGUGUGUCGGAGUAUAGAGAAGUGUGAGCUGAGUGUGGAUGAGCUCCCACUGGAGAAGGAUAAGGAGGAAGUCCUGCAACUCAUGAAGGAACUUACAGCAGGAGUACGUGAUGUGUGUUUAUAUCCCUGUCCAGAAAAUAAGCUGAAAGCCACUGCCAUCGUGAAGUAUGAAACUCACCAAGCUGCAGCAGUGGCAAAAAAGGCUCUUGUGGAAGCACACUCCCACCUGCCCAUCAGUUGUUCAGAUUCUCCCAUUGCUCCCAACAUCCACAGCCAGUGCAUCCCCUCUCCAGAUGUGUGCCGUUCUGAUGAAGGUGAGUGGAGUGGAGAGAAUAGAGAUGACCAGAAGAGAUCCUCCUGA